GCAUCCUUAAAAACCAUAAUGUCCUGCGUCCGCAUUGCACUCUCGUCUGGCCUGUAACUUUGGCAUACGGGCAAACGCACGAUUCGCCCAGCAAAAGAUGGGCCAAACAGCGGCAAUGGGGCCGCAACGCGCGGGAUACAUUGAUCUACUCAAGCCCGAGAUACCAACAUCGAUUCCCGCGUCGGACCCGCAGAUGGUCGCUGACCAUGUUCCCUCUUCCCGCCGCGGCUCCUUCAAAAGACGACAUAGUCAUUCCAAGUCGCGUGAUGUCGCGCUGUGUUGUGGGCCUGUUGUACCGCUUUAUGAGCGAUUGUUCCAGCCGGCGACGGUGACGACCAUGGAGGGGAAGUAUACGGUGAGUACGUUCAUAGCGGAAUUCUAUUGCACGCUCACAUCGCCCUGCUUUGCACUUCCGCUCCUCAUCUACACUUCUGUCCCAUUCUCCUCUAUUCCCCUCCUUCAACAUGUGUGCAUAUUAGGAUCUGUCAUGGCAGGCGUCGUCUCGACGCUCUAUCAUUGCACAUUAUGGAAGAUUUUUUCCUCAGCAGAUGCAGCCGUUGCGACGUGGGCAUUUUACCUGAAUGCAAUCAGCCUAAACCGCCAUGCACCGUCCUCCCACCCAGUCUGGCAACUGGAACUGACAUGGCUUCUUACAACUCUUUGCAUCAUUGGUCUCUUUGUGUAUCACUGGGAACGUACGCAUCAUAUCUCCGUCACCCUCGUUGUAGCAUGUAUACCCUCCGCGGUCUUUGGAUUCUAUGCUCUGGAAUCGUACGUGGGACUCGCAGCGGGGUUGGCCGGGAUAUUAUGUUUCGUGAUAGAUAGAAAGGGAUGGGCUUGUUUGCACUCUGUUUGGCAUGUUUUGGGCGGGAUAAGCUUGUUGUGGGGUAUAUGGGAUGCCUGUCUGAUCGCUGUUGCGAGGAGGCAGGGAGUUAGAAUGGAUGGAGUGAAUGAUAUCGUGGUGGUAAUGGAUGAGAAUACCCUAUGAUAGUGAUGGGACUUUCACGGGAGGACUCUGAAGAGAAGUAUUUAAAAAUAGGACUUGUAUACCCAA